UUCAAUCUGUCACACAACAAAACCCGGGCCUCCGCUGCAGAAUACAGCCAGGAGCAGCAGUGAGCAGCAGACAGACGGGGUCGGUCACAAGGCUGCUGCUGUUGCACAAGCCGGGCAGUCACGCAAAUGUUUUCUUGGUUCUAGCUUGUUUGGAUUUGUCCGUGUUGUAAACAAUUUUGAAUAAUGAGCAGCAAGAAGGAGGCAGGUCUGCUGGCGGCUGCCUCAGAGGACCUUCAGAGUGAUAAAACAAGGAUGAGACAGGAACAAGAGGAGAGACUGAUCCUGACUGCCUGGCAAAACAUGAACAGCCUGAGUGAGGACUCCAGAGCUCCAGGCCUGCCUCAGUCUUUCCUGGCUAGACAGAGACAGUCCACCCAGGCCAGGAGGGCGCUGUCCCCCCGGCUGGAGCCCAGGUAGAAGCCCGGCCCACUCAUGGCCAGAAUGGAAAUCAAGAUUGUGGAAGAAAGUGGGGACUUUCUGUCUUCUUUUUUUUCCCAUCACUGACCAAGGGAUGUUUCACCAUCUGUGCUGUUUUUGGUUUGCUGCUAUCUCCCCCUGCUGCUCACUGUUGGUACUGGCUUUGUAAAUAGGGUCAGGCAACUGUACCGUUUGUAAAUAAUCAGAUUGUCUGCUAAAUUCUUCACUGUAUCAUAUUAAUGUCUUUUUGGUGCAAAUUUUAAAACACAGUUUUCAUUAGUAGCGAUGCAAAACAAUGACAUGUGUGAUAUGCAUGUAAAACU